AUGGACGACAUCCUCUGCUCAUUAAAGUCCUUGCUGGAGUCUAGGAAGCCGCCUCCGGAGACACUGCCAACAAUACAAAAGUGCCUCUCCGUGUUUGCCAACUACGAAGGCGAUCGUUCCUUGGAGCAGCUGCCAGUGUUGUUGGAGGAGCUGCUGAUCUCCAUUAUCAAACCUUUAUUCAGCAGCAGGGCAACCUCAUCCGCCUACAGAGCACGCUUCGUGGAUGAUUCUAAAAAGCCUUGGAAAGAUUGUGCAACUUGGUCAGUGGACAUUCUGAGAUGGAUUGUCAACCAAUAUGGCACAUUAAGCCCGCCACUACGGAAGCAGGCAAUCGACGCUCAAUUCUCACUUUUCGUACCUCCAAUUCUGAAUCUCCUGGAUGAUCAGGACCUCACGCUCAAACAGGCUGGAUCUGACCUGCUUCAAAUACUCUGCAACCAUAUCGCUGACUGCAAGUCCGGAGUUUUCAAACAUACAGGUCUAACGAAGGUUUUCGAAGACUGUUUGGCGCCCAACAUGCUCCUUUUGCCCUCCUUGACGCCGGAAAAAGAGUCUUUGCAGAUACUGAGCAGCCUCUAUCCCGCAUACCGUGCCCUGGUCAAGGCCAGCUUCUUAACUAGCUCUUCUACACCGCCUUCAGAUCCGGGCAAGCUCAUUGUCCUGCUUCCAGAAAGAACCAUUGCAUCUCGCCAAGCUCUCGAUCAGCACAACAAGCGGCAGGCGAUGCUUGACAGGGUUCUUCGCAGUGGCAUCCUGGCGGGAUAUAUGCAUGCUUCUGAGAACGUGAAGAUUGCAACAUUGCUUGUGUCUGAAAUGUCUGAUGUGGUCGCUAUGAUGGGCGCGUCUAGCGCAAAGUAUCUCUCAACGCUUCUUCCUCUGCUCCGCAGCAUCUUGACCAACCCACUUGGUAUUGCACAUCAACCUCUCUUGAGAUGUGCGGCCAUGGCAAUGCAAGAAUUAAUACUUCAAUGCUGGCCGAGAAUUGGGGAAGUCUGGUGGCAGGAGUGUUUAAGAGCAGUAGUUGGGUUAUGGCUGUUGUUGUCCGAAGAGGAUCAGAGCAACACACAAGAACUGAGGGACGAUGCCAAGGGAUUGAUAGAUUUGCUGCUCCGAAUUCGGGGGCGGUUAGAGGCGAGAAAGGAGUUGUCUCUUCUGGAGGAAGAAUAUGAAAAUCUAAAGGGACUGGUCUAA